AUGGCUGAUCAAACCAAGAUUGCAACGCUCGACAGCACACUUGUCGACCGUCUUCCUACCUCCUCCAAAACCCUCUUUGAAGCUAAAGCCACCAAAGCUUUAACCUUCGAAUCCAUCGCCAACCAACUCGGCCGCUCCGAAGUCGCUGUCGCUGCACUCUUCUACGGCCAAUCGCAAGCCUCUGCUGCCGACAUUGAGAAGCUUUCUCAAAUUCUCGACGUACCACAAUCGAAGCUCGAGGCCGAGCUCGGAGGUUUCCCAGACCGUGGGCGUGCUGGUCCCAUGCCUCCAGUUGAACCUCUCAUCUACCGAUUGUAUGAAAUUGUUCAGAACUAUGGAUAUGCUUAUAAGGCCGUCAUGAAUGAGAAGUUUGGAGAUGGAAUUAUGAGUGCUAUUUCUUUCAGUACCAAGGUCGAGAAGGAGACUGAUGAGCAGGGAAACAACUGGGCCGUUAUUACUUUGAGAGGAAAGUGGUUGCCAUUCUCCAGAUUUUAA